UCUGGUUCAGUUGCGAAAUUGUUUACAGGAGUGAACGUGCUAGUGCUACUACUGUCAUGGAGUGAGGUGUCGUUUUAUGCCCGCGACCACUUGUUUUUUUUUAGUUUUUGUAUAUUUUUACAUUUCUAUUAGAUGGAUUUAGUGUGAUUCGAGGGAACCGCGGAAAUUUCCCCGCGGUGUUUUAUGCGUCGUCGGUUUUACAGCGAGUCAAGAUGCUCCGGGUUGUGUCACUGGUCGCAUGCAUUUUCCUGACUUCGGGUCUAACCUUAUCCGUGAAAAGAACAGAUAAAGUGGAUAAAAUAACUGCGACUAACAGUUCGUCAAAUCUCUCGCAGCAGCCCAGAGUUUUAGCCUUUUCCGAAGGCCAGAGCGUACCGGUUCAGCGAGACCCGUCGCCGAUGACUUUCACCUCUAACCCGACAAUCGAGAGAGACUGCUCUGAUGGUGCCACGAUCGCUUCUACCAUGACACCAUGCAACGAUAGCUUACUUAAGUCAAACCGCAAUAUUUCUACCACUGCAGUUGGAUUAUCUAAAGGAUUGACAGCUGUUGCCGAAGGCGUUCAAUUAUCGUUUGAUGGUUUGUCACUUAGUGAAAAGGACAGUGUCCCUAAAGUAAGGAAUGCCAACCCUGCCGUUGUUCCGAGAAAAGGUGUGUUUCCAAAUCCAGGUUUGGGUCCUGAGAAUUACAGCUUCAAUGGAAGUGCACCGAUUAAAGUGAACUCAACCGAUCCAAUCCAACGUAGUGAUGCGAACUCGACUAAUUCUAUACAUAAUCUGAAGUCGAAUGUUUUUAAUAGUACGUUACUUCCAAGUAAGGGAAACGUAUCGACUAACUUAAAUGCACAAGACCACAAGGAUCUAAACAUUGCUGUAAUUCCGGUUAAUAAUGCGGAUAAUCGUUCUUUGCCAUUAUCCACGCCUGCAACUACGAAGGUGCCGAAGAAGCACAAACCAAAGCCGACUGUGACAAUUGGUGAAGCUGACAUCGACAAGCCAAUACCAGCUUCACCUACAAAGAGUCCACCGUUAGGAAUGCCACGGAAAAUCGAUUAUAUCGUGCCAGUUGUUAUAACAAUAUUGGCUGUACCAUUGUUAGGCGUAGCAAUGUUCAUUUUGUAUAAGAGAGGUAGAGACUGUUGGGACAAGCGGCACUACAGACGAAUGGAUUUUCUAAUCGAUGGGAUGUAUAAUGAUUAACAUCGAUUUAACGCGACUUCUACAAAUACGUGUGAACUACAUGCCUGCAUAAGAGAUUUGCGAAUGAGGUGUAAUGCUCAUCACUUGUACAUUACCUUUACUUGUUAAUAGGCAUGUUUGUAAUGUACUAUAGGAUACUCGAGUACUAUAGGAACCUUUGAGUUUGCUUGUGCGCGUAUUCAAUUAAAUUGUUCAUUAGAAUCGGGAUGAGCGCCAAGCAGUGAUUGGCAAAACACUGUAAAGAAUUGACACCAUUUUUAGCAAGAUACGUACAAAGAAGUUUAAUUUGUAAAACUUCUUUGCUAUCAAUUUUUAUAUAUACGUACGUGAAGUCAAAUUAUUUUCAUAAUUGAGGGAACUACAGUCACAUUUACACGCAUUUAUAUUGUAUUAUAUUAUAUUUUAUUUCAAUGACACACGGAUAUGUCAGCAUUUAAGGCAACUAAGUUUUCUUGAUAUCGCAAUAUGACCUUUUUGCAGUGUCGAUAGUAAGCCAGGAUUUCUUUCCUAAAUAGCUUGUCAGGUGAUGCGACUGACAGGUCUGAGAAAUUAUUUGAGAAAAUAAAACGGUAGAAAUAUUGGCAAAUUCCAGAACCCGCAGGUCAAAAGAACACUACGAAAGUAGAUUGCCGAAUUAUUUCGAACUGUAGCAUUCUUGCAUCUGUGAUUAUCUAGGAAAUCGCUACCGAAUAAGAACGGUGUCAUAACGAUACGUAGACGCAAUCUAAUUGCUAAAUCAUUGAUUCGUAAACGAAACCAAAGAGUGUAAUUAUCUUAAUGCUUUCAGACAGAUGGUGAUAUCUAACCAGUCGCAUGGCACGUCACUGUCACUCGAUGUACCACUACAAUUACAUUUUGCGAUUAUAGGACACUGUUACUUGCGCAUUUGUUAAAACGUGCUCCUAGAAUGUCUUUGCGAAUACAAAACGGAUUGUGUGAAAACUAUCGACGGUCUAGUGCUUUAGAGAGUAAAACGUUACAAGGGUCGAUUGACUACUCUCGGUUGUAACAUUUGAGGGCCUAUAUUUUCUUGACAUGUAAGUAACGAUAAAGCAAUAACUCUAA